GCGGUGGCAGCGCAGGUCGGGAGGGGCCGUGGGCUCUGCUGGGGCUGCGCUGGGAGCUGCGGGGCGCGGGGCUGUGGGGACGGCAGCCCGGGGGGCUCUGCCUCCCCUUUGGACCCUCACUUCUCCCCCUUUAACCGGGUGCUGGGAACGGGCUGCAGCGUUGCAGGGGCAGCAGGGACGGGGCAGGACUGAGCUGCCAUCGCCUUCCCCAGCCCAGGGCUCAUGGCACAGCCGGGUCAGCUGCAGAAUUCACCCUCCCCAUCCACUGUGUGGGCAUCAUGAGCUCUCUAGCCCUCCAGCAGUGUGGAGUAAAAACCGGAUCCGAAGCCGUUUUUUUAAACAAGUCGCAAGACAAACCGAUGCCUUCUUGUACUUCUUCCCAACAAGGAGCCUGUGAACAGCCCCUGGGUCCCCAGGAUGCCCCCGGAGCGUCCCCGGGCGGGAGGGGGCUGAGGCUCCCGGGCAGGAGCGUGCGCAGGCGUCUGGAUCAAUGGCUACAGCUUUCACUUGGCCUUGCUGGUUUGGUUUCCUGUCCUGUCCCCUCCUGCCAUCCUCUACCCUUCCACACCACGGAGGAUGGGGACAUGUAAAUGAUCUCAGAGCAGGGUGAGGUGAGUCACCUUCAAGAUGCAGGUAAUUGGGGAGGGUGCCAGGGUUGCUGGUUUCCCCAUAAACCCGGGGUGUGGGGGGAACACGGGGUCAGAUGACCAGUGUGACUGGAGGACUGUGGCCAUCAGAUCCCCAAGAGCUGCUUGAGCUGGGGAAACUGAGGCACGGGUGAGUGGGAAAGGGCUGUCAGGGGUCUUCAGGGUCUGGGAGUUGUGAGAUCUGUGCUGAGUAAACUGGGACUGUUUAUGCUGUAGAAAGGGUUAACAGAGGACAGGUUCCUGCAAGGAAGGGGUUGUUGUGUUCUCUCAAGCAACACAAUGACAGGAAACGGCCUCAUGUUGUCCCAGGGGAGGUUCAGGCUGGAUCUGUGCCCUGCAGCCACCAGCAAAGCCCAAACACAUCAGAUUGGUGUCUGGUCACUCCCCUCUCACAUAACAAAGAAGAAGCCCUUCACAGAGAAAAAGAAAGCCUGCAGUGUUGCAUUCAAUUCUUUCCUGUCUUCUUCCCCAAGCCCAGGAGGCUACUCUGUUGUGUCCUGGACCAUCAGUGCCCAUUGAGCCCUCCCUGCCCUUUGGCAGUUCUCAAGUCUUUGGUACUUGAGGCUAAUCGUGGUCUUUUGUUCCCUGAUGGGCCUAAACCACCACAGUUUCAUAAAAGCACAAAAUCAUUCUGGUGGGAAGAGACCUUUCAGAUGAGUCCAACCCCUCACCUCACACUGCCAAGCCCCUCACUAAGCCAACCCAUCUAUCCAUAAUGAUGUGUUAUCCUUGGCUGUGGUGCUCAUCAUAACUCACCCUGUGGUGGCUGAAGGCUUGGAGGGUACAAAAACCCUCUAAAACCACAUCCUGGUCCCCAGUGUCACUGGUUCUCAUAUCUACUGUCUCACUGUGAAUCGCUGCUGCACGUGCUCUGGGAGGGUCUUUGGUGGUCUCUGGUGCUCGUUCAGGAGUGUGGCCCUAAAGGAGCUCUGAGUGUUCAUUCUCUGGUCAAUUUUAUCCUGUUCCACCCAAACUCCUCUCCUGCUCUUUCAUCCUUAUGCUGCACUCUACAGUUGAAUAUGCAGCCAGGUUCAUGUUUAUCUGUUGUCUAUCUGAUGUUUACCUUUUGACAGUGUCUCCCACAACACCCUCAUCAGAAAGCUCAGGCAGUGUGGCUGGGAUGAGAGGACAGCGAGGUGGAUGGAGAGCUGCUGAAUGACAGCCCAGAGAGCCUGGUCAUACCAGUGUGUUCCCCAGGGCUCAGUGCUGGGGUCUGGGCUGUUUAACACCUUUAUCAGUGAUCUGGGUGAGAGGACCAUGUGCAUCCUCAGUCAGUGUGCAGAUGGCACGGAGCUGGGCAGGAGUGUUGAUCUGCCUGAGGGCAGGGAGACUCUUCAGAGAGCCCAGGCCAGGCUGGGGCAAUGGGCUGAGGUUGCCCAAGGGCAAAUGCAGGCUGGGGCAGAGGGGCUGGAAAGGGCCUGGGGGAGUCGGUGCCAUUGGCUGAACAGGAGCCAGCAGCAUGCCCAGGUGGGCAAGAGGCCAGUGGCAUCCUGGCUGGUGGCAGCACUGGGGUGGCAGCAGGAGCAGGACUGGGAUUGUCCCCUGUGCUGGGCCCCUCACUCCCUGCCACAGGGACACUGAGGGGCUGCAGCUCCAGGACUGGAGGCAGGAUUGGGCCCCUCAGUCACUGCCACAGGGACACUGAGGGGCUGCAGCUCCAGGACUGGAGACAGGAUUGGGCCCCUCACUCGCUGCCACAGGGACACUGAGGGGCUGCAGCUCCAGGGCUGGAGGCAGGAUUGGGCCCCUCACUCGCUGCCACAGGGACACUGAGGGGCUGCAGCUCCAGGGCUGGAGGCAGGAUUGGGCCCCUCACUCACUGCCACAGGGACACUGAGGGGCUGCAGCGUGGCCAGAGCCGGGCACAGAGCUGGGGAAGGGGCUGGAGCACAAGGGUGCUGGGCAGGGGCUGAGGGAAUGGGGGUGCUGAGCCUGGAGAAGGGGAGGCUGAGAGGACACAGGAGCCCUCUCUGACACUCCCUGACAGGAGAUGUGGGGACGUUGGGGUUGGUCUCUCCAGGAGAACAAGAGGAAACAGCCUCAUGUUGCCCCAGGGGAGGUUGAGGCUGGAGCUGAGGCAGAGCUGUUUCCCUCAGAGGGGUGUCACCCCUGUGCCAGGCUGCCCAGGGAGCUGGGGCAGUGCCCAGCCCUGCAGGGACCCCAAAGCCGUGGGGUGAGAUGCUGAGGGCCAGGGGUCAGCGCUGGGCUGGGCAGGGUGAGGGGAGCGAGCGACCUCGAUAAACUCAAAGUGCUUCAGCGACCAGAAUUAAUAGUGACACUAUGAAGUCACAGGGGCCGGGGAAAUUCAAACCCACAGCGCUCGCCGGCUCCGCCCUCGCAUUGGCUGCCCGGCCCCGGCAAUUCACGGCUGUGUGAGAGCGGAGACGUGUCCGUCCGUCCGUCCGUCCGUCCGUCCGCCCGUCUGGGACACGGAGCGCGGCGCCGGUGGCAGCGCAGGUGCUGGGAACCAGCCGCAGGGGAGCAGGGACAGGGCAGGACUGAGCUGCCAUCACCUUGCCCAGCCCCGGUGUCACUGCUGAUACUGGCAAUCAAGUGUGAGAGCUCUCAGCAACAGAGCUUGCCAUCUCUGUUGUGUUGUCACGUUCUCUGCAAUCCCCCAGUGUGCUGGUAACAGUGGUGGUAAAAGUGCUGCCAAGCCUGGCUGGAUAAAGGCUUUCCCAGCAGUGUUAGUUCCUUGGGCACAAGGCACUGCUGGGCACAAGGAAAGAGAUUUGGCUUGUCAGUGUGCCAUGGGACACGGGGAGGAGAAGAUCAUCUGCUCCAAGGAUGGCAAUGUGGAGGAUGCCCUGAAUGCCCAGGACAAAGGGGCAUCUCCCCAGCCUGAGGUGCCAGAGGACACCCCAAAAAGGAGCUGCAGAGGAGUCGUGGGCAAGUUCUGUGAGCUCCAUCCAGUCUAUGCCCGGGCGCUGGCUGUGCUCCUGGCUCUGAUCCUGGCUCUGUCGGUGGCUCUGGCUGUACAAUCGGCAGGGAGCCGUGCAGCGGGGGCAGCUCUGCCUGCGGCCCCGGGGCUGGGCUGUGCCUAUGGCUGGGUCGGGUACCGGGACAUGUGCUACUACGUCUCGGUGGAGAAGGGCAACUGGGAGUGGAGUCAGCUACAGUGCUGGAAGCGCAGGGCCUGGCUGGCCAUGCUGCAGGAGGAGUGGGAAAUGGAGUUUCUGCAGCGCCUCAAAGGUGAUCUGGAUUGCUGGGUGGGUGUGAUAAGAUGGGGUGAGCACCUGGAGAGAGUGGAUGGCAGCAACUUCACCUUCAAGGUCUCACUUCAGGGAGAAGAACACUGUCUGCUUCUGAUCAAUGGGCACCUCAGGGGUUCCAGUUGCUUACAGAAAUACCAGUACAUUUGCAGCAAACUCCAAGCUAUGAGAGGAACCACUGAACAGAAGAGAAGACCUCCAGGCUGGGCACCCAGAGCUUCAGCCCUUGCCCAGCUCAGAGCAGUGUAGAGAUGUCUUACCCACUACUCUUGCUCUUGGCCACCUCCCACUGCCAGGUCUGGGGGAGAUGAGCUGGUGGGAAGGGGAGUUGAUGUGGAAGCUGACAAGUGCCUGAAUGGGAGCUCAGGCCUGGAGGAGGAUUCUUCCCCAUGAGCCCAGGAUGCUGAUUUCACUGUUUUUGCACUGAUGCAGCUCCUGACACCGUGAGAAGCCUCUGACUGUUGGCUGCUGCACUGUGGAUGGAGCCUUGUCCCUUUUCUGUUACACUUGUUUACAAUUUUCCUUUUUUGCCCUUUUAAUAAGGCCUGUGAAGUUCC